UCUGCACAGGUGCGGGCGAGCAACAUUCCCGCCUGUUGGUUUAGUGCAUUCCUACGGAAGUAAAUGCAGGAUAAGUUAAAGUUCACGCAGCUCCACGCACGCGUGACACAUUUUCGGCAGAGAUCUUACAACAAGGUUCCACUAAUUUCACGCAGCAUUUGACUGGAAACACUGUAAAGUAUGACUACGGCCUCACAUGUAUUUUUUUGGCCGUUUGUUUUCACUCGACAAAAUCCCUUGGAAUUUUUGCAGUUGUGUUUUGUGUGACUUUUCAACGCACACGAAACUGCUUUCUUAACAUGUGGUCCAAGUUAUGAGUGGGAAGAGCUGCGUGUAUGCGGAGGCUGUUUACACCACGGGGAAGGGCUUGGCUGCGCACUGCAAAAAAAUACUUAUCCUAAGGUUGUAGUGUGAGUGCAACUAGAGGGAAGCGAUGGGAAAUUGAAAAUUACAUUUUAUUAUUCAAUUAAAAUGUUCCAGUUGGUUUUAUGCGAAGUCUGCUUCAGGACUUAUCACCCCACCAAAUAACUUUUUAAAGGGGCUUUAUUUUUUGCAGUGUACCCGCUUUACGCACCCUCUGCCUGAAAUUUGAUUAGAGUCUAAAAACCCCCGACGGCAGCCGCAAGUCAGAGAGCAACGGGUUCCUCCGUGUGAGCAUCAGGUAACUCCUUAUACGGAUUAGAGAGGCUCUUCGCAGCCACUCUGGCACUGGAUCUUCUAGGGCGCACAGGGGGGACAGUGCCAUGCACAAUGCUGACCAUGCGCUGCUUCUGAGCGGAGGGAACCAGUCUUCGGUUUUUAGUCCCACCAAUGACCCAAGGAUGGGCACGCCUGGAAACGACACCGUCCACCCGAACGGAUCCGAUCCGUUUGCGAGGAACGAGGAGGUGGCCCAGAUCGAGAUCAUGGUCCUGAGCAUCACCUUCGUGAUUGCUGUGAUUGGGAAUGUGAGUGUCCUACUGGCGAUGUACAACACUAAGAAGAAGAUGUCGCGGAUGCACCUUUUCAUCAAACACCUCAGCCUGGCUGACCUGGUGGUCGCCUUCUUCCAGGUGCUGCCGCAGCUCUGCUGGGAGAUCACCUUCCGCUUCUACGGUCCAGACUUUCUUUGCAGGAUAGUGAAGCACCUCCAGGUGAUGGGGAUGUUCGCGUCCACCUACAUGAUGGUCAUGAUGACCCUGGACCGUUACAUCGCGAUCUGCCACCCUCUGAAAACCCUCCAGCAGCCAACCCAGCGCUCCUACAUCAUGAUCAUCUCCACCUGGAUGUGCAGCCUGCUGCUCAGCACGCCGCAGUACUUCAUCUUCUCCCUGAGCGAGAUCGAGAACGGCUCGGACGUCUACGAUUGCUGGGCGAACUUUAUCGAGCCCUGGGGCGCCAAGGCCUACAUCACCUGGAUAACCGUUGGCAUCUUCCUCGUGCCGGUGGUCAUUCUCAUGGUGUGCUACGGGUUCAUCUGCCACAGCAUAUGGAAAAACAUCAAAUACAAGAAAAGGAAAACCAUGGCCGGUGCUGGGAGCAAGAACGGGCUGAUCGGGAAGAAUUCGGUCAGCAGCGUCACAACUAUCUCACGAGCCAAACUGAGGACCGUCAAAAUGACUUUUGUGAUAGUUCUGGCAUACAUUGUUUGCUGGGCGCCGUUUUUCACAGUGCAGAUGUGGUCCGUGUGGGAUGAAAACUUCCAGUGGGCUGAUUCUGAGAACACGGCGGUGACUCUGUCUGCACUCCUUGCCAGCCUCAACAGCUGCUGUAACCCAUGGAUAUACAUGAUCUUCAGUGGGCACCUCCUCCAGGAUUUUGUGCACUGCUUCUACUGCUGCCACAAAAUGAACACCGACUUCAAGAAGGAGGAUUCAGACAGCAGCAUCCGCAGAACAACACUGCUGACCAAGAUGACCAAUCGGAGCCCUACGGGCAGUACUGGCAACUGGAGAGAGCUGGACAAUUCUCCCAAGUCCUCCAUUCAGACGGAGUAAACACGCAAGCCAGGCAACUCUGUGUACGCGGGGUGGCAGUGAACACAUGUCUGGCAGUGGCACCAAGGUACACAAACAGUAUCAGCUCAUCUUAACUUUGGACAUGACUGACAGUGACUGAAAUGUCCCUCACACUCCAAACCCAUAAAGCAGAUCAAGCUUCUUACAUGGACCGAAAACAGAGUGGAGAAUUUACCAUGCCGACUGAUCAUUUGCAACAAUGACAGAAAAUAUGGACGCAGUACCUUUUUCUUCUUGCUUUAUUCUGUGUGCAAACAUGUUGUUUUUCAGAGAACCUCCGCAAAAAUGUAUGAAAAAACAUUAGGAAAGGAAGUGAAAUUGCAAAGUGUUACUUAUAAUUCACCAUCUUUUUAUAUAUCCACAAUUGUUGGUAAAACUCCUUGAGGGUGACAGUCAUGUUUUUUACAUCAUUUUAUUGAAUUUAAUCAUAAUACUUAAAAAUGCAACAGCCUCAAGUAGUCAAGAAGUUUUUUUUCCGAGACCUGAUUUCCUUUUUAUGGUUUUAUGAUAAAGCACUAGGAAUACUGGUGCUUGAACUGGGGGUUAUGUCCCCUUGCACUGCUGUUGAAAACCCUUUCCUGUUAGGGAGUUUGCAAAGAUAAAACUCCACAUCGCAGGUCUCUAAGUAACUGAGGCAGUCAUCUUAUCCUUUUUGUUUAGCUUUCCGUUAUGUUUCCAAAUUUUAGAGGUUUACAUAUAAAUAAGGUUUAUAUAUUAAAAAAAAAAAAAAAAAAAAAAAAAAA